GAGGCAAAAGCUUGUGAUGGAAAAUGCACGGACUAUCACCGAUUUGCCUUUCGAAAUCCUCGAUCUGGUAUUCAAGAAUCUCACUUACUUGAAAUACAAAGUGCACCUAUCUCAGGCUCACGAAAAGCUCGGAAAAGCUUUUGCCUUUCACUGUCGCAAUGAGUUCAGGAGGCUGUCGCCCGGAGCUCAGUUAACAGCCGAACUGUGGGCGAUUCUCAUAAGGGAAUGCGGCCCCUCAGUUGAGGAGUACGUCUACGGCGAGUCGGGUUUCUCCUGGAACGAGCCAAUCGCCGAGGCGGUUGUGAGACACUGUCCCAAUCUGAGAUCGGUAUCCGUUCGUCUGUUUAGGUCUGGCCAGGUCGGUGUUCCGGCCUUUUUAAAAAAGGUUAAAAACAGACUCAAGUCGGUGAAAUUAGACCAACAAGAUCACUUUCAAGCCACCGUCCUGGCAGUGGUUGGCGAAAUGCCCCAGUUACAGACAUUGUCCUUUAAGGGAUAUGUGGACGAAAACGUGCACCACGUAGAAAAGUGUAACGCCCUGGAGAAGUUGAGCAUCGAGCACAUUAGUCAUUGGGACAAGCCUCCUGUGAACUUACUACGGAUUUGUGCUCCACUAAGGAAUUUGCGUGACUUAAGCUUGACUAAAAUAAAAAUAAUGUCGUUUCAAGAGCCACAUUCAAAUAUGUGGAUUGGCUUAAAAUCCCUGACACUAAAUUUAUGCGAGUUUUCCGAGGCACUGCCAGACUGUCCCGAACUACAAAGUUUGGUUAUCCAUUAUCCAAGAUGUCACAUCGAAGGUUACAGUUUGAAAUUCAUUCUCAAGAAUGGAAGAAAUCUCAAAACAUUGCAUGAGAAAUGCGAGCCGCCAAUUGACGCAGAGGGUUUUCUUGAACUGCUUCGGAACUGCCCAAAACUACGAUACCUUUAUACUCCGAUGGAAUUUAUCAAACUCUAUUCGGCCUAUGUGUCUAGGAUUAUAGAAAUUCUGAAGACAAGUGGAGUAACGCGGGAGGACCCGCUGGAACUGGUAAUUUGUAGGCGUAUUAAGUGGAAAUGGUUCAAGAGAUUACUUCUUCGGACUCCCAACGCUGAGUUGAUCGAUCUUUACGAGGGCACUGACUAAACGAAAAUACAUUUUGUAAGAUAUACAAAAAUAAAGAAAAACAAUUGUUUGCA